UCAGUCAUCAGUCUUGAACAAACAACGCCGCCGCCCUCGGCUCUUUCGCCUCCUGCCGCCGCUUCCACUUCUGCUCAGUAGUCGUCCCGAGGACUGCACAUGAUGAAAACUGCACAUGGUGAAAAGCGACACAGAGUGAUGUCUAUUUGAUUCCUAUCUGGAUCACUCCUUCACGCACCUGUGACAUCUGGAGGAGGAGCAAGCGGGCCUGAACCACACAAAACGCAAAUCAUGGUAAGCGAUGGAGGGAGUGCUGGGCCUGCAGAAUACUGCCUACCUCGUCGCUCUUUGGACCCUCUUUGUCUCAUGACGAUUGGCUGCUCCUUGGUGGUUCCGAUUUCUCCGAGGAACUCCUCGAUGGUCUUGAGUUCUACACGGCUCACCGGCGCGUCCAAAGAACUCAAUCUCACUCGUGCUCUUGUAGAGAUGCUGCACGCGCACGGCGGACGAAGACGGUGUCUGUAAGGGCUGUGUAUUGGGUGACUCCCCCUUCCCUCCUCCUUCCUUACCGAGUACCAGCGAAGCAGACGCCUCCUGAGGUCACCGACUGUGUUGGGCUUCUCCCGCAGCACAAGGUUAAAGGAACGCCACGGAUAGACGUUGGACCACCGAAACCACACGGAGUACCCGUCGGGAUCUCUGUGCGUCAU